UUGAAUAUUUGAUGAAAUGAAUGAAUGAUUGUUUGAAUUAUCGUUGAUUUCGAAUUGAUUAUUUGAUAUUCUAGCUGCUAGAUCUAUUUUCAUGAUUUGAGAGAUUGAUGAUGAUGAUGACUAUUUGAUUUCUUCAUUCCGAGUUCAUAAACUGAUUCUAUUCAUUAUCUAGAUAAAACAACCAAAAUCAAUGAUGUUAGGUUCUAUGGAAAUCGGAAGUUUUCUCCGUCCAACACCUGUAAAGCGAAAAUCGCAUAUUACUUCUCCAUUCCCUUCCCUACCAAUAUCCGUAAGAGCUUCUUCCAAUUUACAGGGAGGAGGAGGAGCUUACAGAGGACCGAAACCAACAAGAGAAUGGCCAGCUGAUUGGAUUUCCAACAACGAUGAUACUGUUCGGAGCUUACCAAUCUAUGUAGGCGGUGCAUCUUUGGUGGCUGUUCUCCUCAAUCGCGCUAUCUCCGGCAUUGCUCCUGUAGCUGAUGCUGGCAGUUCUCAAUCUAGAGCUGAUUUACUGACAUUAGGUUUGGCUGUGACUAACAUUCUUGCUGGACUUGUAUGGUUGUCUAUCAAACCUAAAACGAUAUCAAUGGUUUAUCCAGAAGGUGUGGUUUGCCAAAAGAUAAGUCCUCAUCUUCCUCAUCUUGCUGUUUCAGAGAUAUUAUGGGUGUGGGAGUCUCUUUCAGUUGCCACUUGCUGCAGAUCCCUAGUUAUUGUUUAUGAUGAGAAAUUCAUACUUCAAUAUGGGUAUGCUUCUACAUCAUCUUCAGAUAAUAGUGAACCAAUUUAUGUUGAUGUUGAAAAUUUGAUGCAAGGAUCCCUCUACCAGAGUGUACUGAAAUCUGGAUCACAGAGCUACUUGGCUAACCUUUCUCUUUUUCCUGCUGGCAAACCUGAGUUGCCUUUUCUACCUUCAAAUACACAGGCUGUCAUCUUGCAACCCCUUGGUGACAGGGGAAUCGCGAUAAUAGGAGGCGACACGAUUAGGGGCUUUACAUCUUCAGAUCAGGCAUGGAUAUCGUUAAUUGGAGAUAAACUCGUCACUACACUACAGUCAAUUGUUAUGUCUGAGGAAAUAUCGAUUCGCAAAUAAAAUGUCUGUUUGAUGGACAUUUAUUGUAUGUACACACCAAAAUGGAAGUUUAUCAGGUAUGGUUUUAUGCUUGUCUGUGUGGUACAUGUAUUUAUGUCUUUGUUUGUAUCCCAUGGCUUGUUUGAUGAAGGGUUAUUUGAAUUUAAAUCAAAUAAUCAUUAUCUUACCAUCAAUCAAAUUAUUCUUAUA